GUAGCCUCCAUUCUCUAUCCCUUACCCACCGACCUACUAGCACUAGCACUGCGAACGCCGCAUACAUAUCUCCUUAACAUCUGAAUCAAUUAUCUGCUAGCUCAGAUGACCCAAUACACCACUCACGCCUCCUCAUCGCACGGUUCCGAUUCUUCCAAUAUAACACAAUAUAUGCCAAACACUGGCAUGUAUAUGGGUCAAGUUCCCUGGCCCCAGCCCGCAUACAUUCAUCCAGGCUACGCCCCCGCACGCCCUCACUUCCCACACGGCGGCGUGUCGCAUAAUGGGACGAACGGUACCGCUCCCCCGCACGCGCCUGUCGCACCUUCCACUGGCAUGUAUAUGGGUCAAGUUCCCUGGCCCCAGCCCGCAUACAUUCAUCCAGGCUACGCCCCCGCACGCCCUCACUGCCCACACGGCGGCGUGUCGCGUAAUGGGACGAACGGCACCGCUCCCCCACACGCGCCUGUCGCACCUUCAUCUGGUGUGGGUCCUGGAGUUCCACCUCACGCGUUUCAAGCGGGACAAAAUAGUCCAUACCCACCACUCACUGCGGCUGCUCCUCCCCAACAACAUCCAUCCGUGUUCCCUAUCACGGGCUCUGCUUCCACUAGUUUGUCGGUGAGGAAGAAGCGCGCCGGUGAAGAGCGCGUCGCGGACGACCGCAAUGUUAAACGACGCAAGGUGGACGCCAAAAACCCUGAUUCAGAGACGGCUCUUGAGAUCGAGGACCCUGUUUUGGUGGAACCCGUGCUUCCAUCUCAAGUACGAGAGAUAACACUUGCAGAGGCCGGUGGAGACCUUGGUUUCUGGAGGUGGAUUAAUGAUAAAGAGGACCUUGCGGAUCCCGCACCUCCUCUUUCCGACUCUCCAUUGCCCCCAUCACAGGAGACCCUACCGACAGAGCCUGCCAAAAACACCCAAGACCUUCUUGAGACAGAGGGCCUUGUUUUGGUGGAACCCGUGCUUCCCCCAUCUCAAGUACAAGAGAUUACACUCCCAAACGUCGGCGGAGACCCCGACGUCCGGAGGUGGAUUAAUGAAAUAAAGGACCUUGCAGAUACCAUACCCGUACCCCCUUUCUCCAACGACCUUGACUUUUGGAGGUGGGUUAAUGAUACAGAGCACCCUGCGUAUCCCGCACCUGCCCUCUCUGACUCUCCAGUAUCCCCAGCACCGGAGAUCCCGACCACAGAGGAAGACCUUUAUUCUUGGAUGUUAAAACAUGAUUUUGUGCACCAAGAAGCUGUCGAAGACCCUGAUUAUUGGCUGUUUCGUCCUGGGAGGGAGCACCCUGCCUUUCUUUAUAACGUAGAUCCUGACGCGUUUGAACGAAUCACCGAACCCCCUGCAUCUCUAUUCCCAAGUCCACCUACCCCCAUGGACCAAGACAUGUAGCGUUCAUCUCAUAUUUCACUUCUGCUACCAACUAUCUAU